GGGGCGGGAGGGUCCUGCGACCGGAAGCCGGAAGGCGGAAGUGGGGCCGUGGGGACGUGUUCCGAGGAAGCCGGAGCGGGACCCGGCGGGCCCGGCAACAUGGAGCCGCUGUACCAGCAAACGCACAAGCAGGUCCACGAGAUCCAGUCUCACAUGGGACGCCUGGAGACGGCAGACAAGCAGUCUGUGCACCUAGUAGAAAACGAAAUCCAAGCAAGCAUAGACCAGAUAUUCAGCCAUCUAGAGCGUCUGGAGAUUUUGUCCAGCAAGGAGCCCCCUAACAAAAGACAGAAUGCCAAACUUCGUGUUGACCAGUUAAAGUAUGACGUCCAGCACCUGCAGACUGCCCUCAGAAACUUCCAGCAGCGACGAUACACAAGGGAGCAGCAAGAGAGACAGCGAGAGGAGCUUCUGUCCCGCACCUUCACCACAAAUGACUCUGACACCACCAUACCAAUGGAUGAAUCACUGCAGUUUAACUCCUCCCUCCAGAAAAUUCACCACGGCAUGGAUGACCUCAUUGGAGGCGGGCACAGUAUUCUGGAGGGACUGAGGGCCCAGAGACUGACCUUGAAGGGGACGCAGAAGAAGAUCCUCGACAUCGCCAACAUGCUGGGCUUGUCCAACACGGUGAUGCGGCUCAUUGAGAAGCGGGCUUUCCAGGACAAGUACUUCAUGAUCGGUGGGAUGCUGCUCACCUGUGUGGUCAUGUUCCUCGCGGUGCAGUACCUGACCUGAGCCAGCCGGGCCCAGCGGCUCGACCGGGCUCCUGCUGCGGGAGAGCGUGUGUGAGUGUGUGCGCGAGAGAGGAGGGGGGCCCAGGGGCUGCCUGGCGAAGCGUUUGCCCGUCUUAACUGUGACGACCGCUCGGAAAUAAUUGUGAUUUGUAACCUGGCGGGGGAUUCAGACCUGCUCUCUUUUCUGUGACGUCUCGGAGGGGAAGCUCCUGCUACCCAGAUGCGCGGUGCUUAGGAAAUGAAUGGAGUACCUGUUCUCUCUCUCUCCCUCCCCCCCCCCCCCCCGCUGUCACUCUCACUGGGGGAGGAAGCGACGGAAGGGUAAAGGAGGGAAAGGGGAGGAAGAGAAUGGCUUUGCUGGUUUUGUCCUCAGAGCAGCGGUGUGCCCGGGAGGCAAAGAGAGGAGGGGGAAGAGGCCUUCUUUUCCUGCAGCCGGUAUAGUGGUGGACUCACUUGCUCCUGCUCCUAGCCCUCCCGUCUCCAAAACAUGACCCUCGGAUGACUGACUGCUACCCCCGAAGCAGCCACCUAGAGGAAACAGGCAUUGGCGCUGUUGCUGACAGCGAGUAAGAUUUUCCACAUUACAGUUGUUGGGUGUUUCUCCUUUCUGAAGUGAGGCCGCUGUUACUCCCCGGGAGUGGUCAGUCUUAAGACUGGAGACCCUGGUCACCAUUUUUUUUUUCCCAGUAGUUAAUGGAAUGAUUGGUUUUUAUGGUUCCGAGACCGCAGCCCCGGCUUUGGUGGGCUUUUGCCCCUUAGGUAGCAGCUGUGGGCAAAGGUUAGUGAUUUGUCCAUUACAGUCUCAUCUCUAGUUUUAGCAUCUCUAGUUAAUAAUUAAUUAAUUAAGGGCUCUCUUCCUUUUCUUGAAAUAUAUUAGCAACUGCCAGCCAAUCCCCCGUUCUGCCUAGCCAGUAUGGGCUGAUGCCACCCUAGAGACGUAUGUCCCUGGUGUGUAUGUCCUUGUGAGACUUUUCAGGGACCAGGACCUUUUUCCUUCUCUGACCAACCCUGGAUUAAGGCUGUACCAAUAUGUGGCGUAUUGUGGAGUUUAUUGUAAAGCCAGUCUGUUUAAAGAGACUAGUCACUGAGAGUACCAGAAAGACCUGGUUAGGAGAUUUUUUUCAUCUGUCACAGGCCCUACCAGCCCUAGGCUCAGUAAUCUAGUGGCAGGACAUAAAGUGACACUCAGAAUUCCCCAGAGGAACUGUAAACCUGGUCAGUAUUAAGCCCUCCUUUGAUUGUCUUGCCCUGCCGACUCCCAGUCUUGGUUUCCUGUCCUUUGAGCUGUCUCCGUUGUCUUUCCCUUUUCUCUGCGUGUGCUCUGCCAUCUCCCGUAUUUACCUCCCACCUCUCUCUGUAGCAGUGUUGGUCUUUUCGGGCACGUCUGUGACAUUGAUGCUUUUCGGGGAAAUGUUUCUUAAUUGUCACAUAUUUUUAACGUGCAUUUCCUGAGUGCUGAUUUCAUACUUUUGGUGGGAUCUCCAUUGCUCCUACUCAUCUGGGCUAAACAGGGGCCCCAUGGGUUUCCGAGGAAAGAAGAGGACUCUGUGACCCCUUCACAGAAGGACUGAGGGCCCUGCAGGAGUGAAAACUGGCCUGGUUGGGUAGACAGAGGGGUGGAAGCAUCAAAACCCGGCUCUGACUUUGGGAGGCCCAGUUUGAAAUAUCCCCCACACCCAGCACCCCUGCCACCCCAGGGACCCAGCUCAGGUCUUUCCUGUCCGUAAGAUGGGUUUUUAAACUGUGUAGUCUUGGCUGGGAGCCUGGGCACCCGAGGACUCCGCCAGCCAGCACACUUUGGAAGAAGAUGUGCAAGGAGCAGAAGAGCCAUUUGGACUUGAACUCUGGGGAGGCAGAAACUCCCCCACCCUCUGCUCUCUGUUGGCUGAUGUGACAUCUGUUUGUAAUGUACACGAGUGUAUUUCCACACUUGCCUUUACAGCGAUUUUUGGCCUUGAUGAACCAGAAGUCAGACCUUCAUGCUGCACUGUCAGAGCCAUUUUCCCUACUUUGUAAUAAAAAUCAAGGAGGCAGUUUGUGGGUCUUUACCACCCAAGGCUAAGGAACAGCAGCCACAGUAUGUCUGGAGACCCUGGGGCACCCCUCCUGUCACCAUGUGAUCACCUUUCCUUCCCCUUGUUGGCCUUCAGUUGUCUUGGGCUGGUCUUAGGUGCUUCUGUGUCCAUAGUCCUGUGUAUAGGGAAGGGUCCAGGCCGGGGAGGGAGCGCCCUCUAGAGGAGAUGGGGUGAAUUCUUAGGUGGAGCUGGUGCAAGAAUCUCCAGGCGCAGCCUGUGCCACCUUGUGCAGGAUUUUGGUGUGCCUGUUGUGUUUGAAGACAGGUGGAUUGACAGGGAGCCUGGGAAUAGCUUCCUUAUGUUUACUCCAGGUGUGACCACCUUAAGAAAAGUCAAACUCAAAGACCAAAGAAGGAGGAGGGUCUUGAUCUUUACAGAAGGCUUCACUGCUGGGUUUUUUCCCCUAAGUCCUUUUGCCUGAUGAAUUCAGAUGGGUUUGACGCACAAAUUUGGCUUUACACCCAUUGUUUUUGAAACACAUCAGUUGAAUAAAGUUGCGGCUUAUUUUAUUUAGAAAAGUAUAUUUUUAUAAAGAAUUAGACAUUCAUCGUUAACGACUAAUGACCCCUUUUUUACAUUUUCAGGCCAGAGAUUCUCAAACACUGUUCUGAGACCAGGGGUGGGGCUGACUGACUGACUGACUGGGAAGCAGCUGGGAAACAUUUAAAAAAGUAUAUAUUCCUCCAGCCUACCCCAGACCUUCUGAAUUAGAGGUUUUUUUUUUUUUUUUUUUUUUUUUUUUUUUUUUUUUUUUGUCUUUUUGCUAUUUCUUGGGCCGCUCCCGUGGCAUAUGGAGGUUCCCAGGCUAGAGGUCGAAUCGGAGCUGUAGCCACCGGCCUACGCCAGAGCCACAGCAACGCAGGAUCCGAGCCGCGUCUGCAACCUACACCACAGCUCACGGCAACGCCGGAUCGUUAACCCACUGAGCAAGGGCAGGGACCGAACCCAUAACCUCAUGGUUCCUAGUCAGAUUCGUUAACCACUGCACCACGACAGGAACUCCUGAAUUAGAGUAUUUUUUACGUCUCUAAGGUAAUUCUGAUUUGUGUCUUGUAGGCAGAGGCUUUUGUCUUAGCCAAAGAUGAUAGCAUUUGAAAACAUGUGGAACUCAGUGUAUAUGAGUGAAGAGAAAACUUAACAGUUCCAAAAUACACUCUUAAUUUGAUUAUAUCUUAUUCCAGAAAUGAUUUGAGGAGACUUAGAGGAAAUAACUAAGAGCGUGAAAUAGAAAGACGUGAGGACCAAGAAGAAAAAGUCAGAGUAGAAUGUCAGAACCCAGAAAAAGACACAUGCAGGUCGUGAAGCCCCACAGAGAUGCCCUGGGGAGUCCCUGAUUUGGCCUGGAGCCCCAGGAGCCAGAGUGGAGAGAGAGACACAUGAUCCUUUGUUGUCGGUUGAAGAGUAGGCUGUCUUAUUUGCUCAGAGGAGAGCCCAGACCUUGACUACUGCUAGCCUGUGUGUGGCUCUUUCUAGAAGUCAAGAAUGGUCCUUUUCCCAAGAUAUCCCUCUCAUCCUCCCAAACCCUCUGAGUUAGGUUGUGUGUUUAUUUCCAUUGUGCAGGUGAAGAGCCUGAGCUUUAGUGACUUUCCCAAGGCCUCAUAGCCGCAUAACCCAGGUCAUAACCACUGCACCACCCUGCCUGCCUCCUGUGCUCAGGACGAGAUGCAGGGGAGCAAGGCAGCCCGCCAGGAUUGGGUAGAGGGCUGUAAUGCAUUUGUUGCACCUUUCAUGGCAGGUUCUCUGCUCUAAAAUACUUGCCUAAUUGAAAGGGGGAGAGAGGAUUUAAGGAGGAGCCUCUGGGAGUGGGGAAUGGGAGCUGUACUCAGGUCCUGCCACUAGGGAGCGACAUAACCCUUUCUGGCUGGUCGGCCCAUGCCUCGGCUCUGCCUCUGGCCUGGUGUACUUGGAAGAGGUGGAAACAGUUGCAGGUUUGGUUUGCUUCCUUUCAGAUCCAGAAGUUCCCUUCUGAGCAGUAGCUUCAGGGUAUGGCCAGAACCACCCUCCCUGCCCCCUUCACUCAUGCUGCAGGCAAGCAUUGGAACACGGUUUCCUGUGUGGUAUCGAUCGGUUCCUUCUCCCUUUUUGUGACCUUUCACGUCGUGUGGCCCAUGGGAGAGAAGGGAGGUGGGACGGCGGCGAGGGGACUCUGCGUGUCCUUGGCCCGCUCAGGUGCAGUUGGUUAAGUCCCCACCGUAGACCCUCCUCUCUGAGCAGUCCCUCCCGCCUCAUCCCCACGUCCCUCUAGCAGAGGGGUCUCAGCCAUGGCUCGACAUCAGGAUCCCCUCCAGUCUUUGAAAGAGCCCCAUGUGUGGCUAUUACCCUAAUCCGUUCUGAUUUAAUUGGGAUGCAGCCUGGAUGGUGGAGGUUUUAAGGGACGUCCAGGUGUUUGUAACGUGUGGAUGAGGAUGAGAGACUGUUCCAGCACAAGCGCCUUCUACCCAGGACAAGGCCGCCCUGCAGACGUCCCUCGGCCACACCAAGGGAGCCACUGCUCUAGACCAGCCGGGGAUUAUUUAAUUCUCCCGUGUGCUUUGGGAAGAAGGUCCUUCUUGGCCAGGGGCCCCCCUCAUUGAUGCCUCUGUGUCUGCUGAGGACAGCACCAUAGUGUGACAGGCCAGCCUGUCACUGCCACCUCCAGUGGCACCUCCCAGCCCUGCCCAGCUCUCCUUCCUCCCGAGACUGCUUAGCCUUCUGGGAACAUGCUGUGAUGCUCUUUUGCAUAUCAGCGUCUUUGUUUCCUCUGGGAUGUGUCCCAGACACCCCCACAAUCCCAUGUCACCUCUAAGAGACACCCUCCCCCCCAACCUACCUCCAGUGCUACACAUUUCCUGGGGAAUGGUGGUUGCUGAGGAGUCCUCGCUGCGGGGACCUCUGUGCAUCCUGCGUGUGCAGCAGGCGUUGGUUCUGCAGCUGUCAGGCCAGCGGCCUGUAGCGGGGCACUGGGGGACCCCAGCGCAUGCAGAUGACAGACUUCUGAGACAUGGAGGCCAUGGUUCAGCUGAGCUGGUGUGGCCAGGCCUGGAGGAAGCCACCAGCCUGUGCUCAUGGGCCCUCAGCAGCAGUGAUGAUAAAUAUAAAGGGAGGAGGGGGCAUGGAAGGAAAAAGGUGCCAACCAGGACUGUUUGGGGAGAGACAAGGAGGGCAACUAAUGUGUCCUGGCUUUAAAGCUGAAAGUCCUAAAUCCUGGUGACCUGCUUCGGCUGGAAUAAACCAGGAUUGUUGGUCACCCUGCUUACGCUAAAACCUAAGACACCGAUGACUGAUAGAAGAAAUCCAGGAAGAGGGGACUGUGGCCUCGGAGCCUGUCCCUCUGACCUAGCAAUUCUGUUGGUGGGGUCUCCCCAGCCCCUCCUCAUGAAGAGCCCACACAAGCUCCACCAGGCCCUCCUUGGCAGGGAAGCUCUUAGUACACAGGGCAUAUGCCUGGCAUCGUGUUAACUGUUUUAGGGCAGACGGGGGUUGGGAGCGACCUCUGCCCUCGGCAGCUGGCAGUCAUUAAAGAGGAAGUGGCAGCAGUAAAAGCCCUGAGUCUAGGAUGCAGGCACCUGCUUUCGAAUCCCAGCUCUGCUGGCGGCAGCCACAUGGCCGGCACCUCUCUGAACCUAAGUGUUCUCUUAGAAUGGGAGUCACACCUGUCUUGUGUUCCUUCCCAGAGUUGUCACAGGGCCAAAAUGACCUCAUGUUUUGUAGCAGACUCCAGACGUCUGAAGCAGUCAUUCUCAGCCUUAGCCACUUACUGGGGAGUUUUGCAAUGUCUUGAUUCUGGGAGUUUCCUGGUGGCCUAGCAGUUAAGGGCUCAGCAUUGUCACUGCUGUGGUUCCCCUGGCCAAGGAACUUCCAUACACCAUGGGCUCGGUCAAAAAAAUAAACUAAAAAUCUCGAUUCUGACUCUUGGCCCCCAAGGAUCUGAGCUACUUGAUCAGGGGUGUGGCCUGGAUUUCAGGAUUUUUUUUUUUUUUCUUUUUAACAUUCCAAGAGAUUCUCGGGUGCAGCCAAGGUUGAGAACCAUUGCUCUAAAUGCCUUCCAGGUGUGUUAGGUCAUUCUUCCCAUUUAACGGGAAAGACGAGAACUACUCAUUGAAACAAGCAGAACUGCCAAGGUGGAGGGUCAGCACUGGUGCAGGGGGCUUAACUAGCAAGGGCUUUCUGGGCAGAAGCGAGGUGAAGGCUGCAGGACGUUUGAAGGAGAGGAAGGGUUGUGGGCCAAGUUGAAGGGGAACAGGGUGGCGGGGGCGGGAGUUAACACGCUUUAAUCAGCCUCUGGCUGUCAGAGGCUGGAGAGGGAUCUGCUAGGAGAGCUGACGUGCCAUCAUCCGCUUGGCUCACGGCUUCUUCCCACCAGCUCAGAGCCCAUCCAAGAAACAGCUGCUGCUCAGAGACCCAAGGAGGGGGCAGAAAUGGUUUUGUGGAAGAAAUCAGCACAGACGUGACUGCGGCCACCUCUGCUCACAGCCACAAGAAUUCAGACAGCAUCCACUCCUUGGUGGGCGGUCACUCAUCAGGGGCGGAAGGGCUGCGGUUUCACUCUCUUCUUCCCUUUUCCAGCCCGCGCCAUGGACUCCACUUUCUUUCACCCAGGGCAGCGUGGGCAGAGCCCGGCCCCUGGCUCUGCUCCCCUGGCCCUGGUCAGCAUGCCCUGCUAAGAGUGUCUCUUGCCGGAACGUGUGCAGGCCCAGGCAGCGGGUCAGGAGUCAGGACCUCUGCAGGAGCAGAGGAUCAUCCUCGCCGGCCCUCAGGCUUUCCACGUGGUGAACAUGAAAAGCUAAAACCCCCAACGCUCGCAGAUGCAGUCUGAAUUCUUGUGGCUGUGAGCAUAGGUGGCCGCAAAGUCAUGUCUGUGCUGAUUUCUUCCACAAAACCAUUUCUGCCCCCUCCUCCACCUCUGUAGCAGGAAGCAGCCUCUCUUACCACAGCCCGGGGACCUGGGAGACCCUCGGAAGGCAGCCCCAGAACAGAAUUCCAGAAUGGGAGCCGUGGCCGCUUCCUUGAAUGAGAAGUUACCUUACAACAAGUUUUCCAAAGUCAUCCAUUUGGAGUCCAGCACAUAAAGACGUAGAAGGCCUGGGAUAGUCACUUAAGUGGGGGAAGCUCAACCCUAGUAUCAGCUCAACCCUAGUAUCUCACCCUUUUAACAUAAAAAGUCAGUAAUUAUAAGACGUCAUGGGGCAGUGAUAGGUGCCAAGGAAGUGGGGUAGAUAUGGGAGAUUGCGCCUUCAGAGGGCAGAGGGCUUCAGACCUGGGUCCCAGUGCUGUCGGGACACGGCCCGGAGGGAGGACUGCAGCUGGGUGGAGAGGGUGGGGGUGUCCUGGAGGGGAGCUGGUUGGGAGGGGGGAGUGUGAACUCUGGUCUCAGCUGGCUGGGUCUCCCAGUGGCCUGUGGAAAGAGUGGGGAAGUGUAGGGUAGGAAGCUGGAGCGGGGGUUGAAGCUUGAAGGCAGAAUGGAAAGAUCCUUAACUGUUAUCCUGAACCAGGAGCAGUGGGAAGGGUCCCUGCUGGCGCCUUGGGCUCUGUGGACCCAGGAGCCACUGCUCAGGGAGCGGGAGUGGGGCGCUCCUGAGCCAGCCUCGCCAUGGGGUCUGGUUUAAAGCCGCGUCUUUGGGAUCAGUCAGGAGUGGGGGUGUGCUGCAGCUCUGGGGAGUCGUCGGUCUUUCUCAGGAGCGCCCGUGUCUGCAGUCCUCAGGCGUGGAGCAACCACCAGGUGGACGCAGCUGUGAGAGCAGAGGCUGGCACUGCUGCCCGCCUUGAGAGCUCCCCACAGCUCCUUUCUUUUUUCUUUUUACAGCUGCAUCUGUGGCAUGUGGACUUUCCCAGGUUAGUGGUCUCAUCAGCUGCAGCUGCUGGCCUGCACUACAGCCACAGCCAUGCCAGAUCCAAGCUGCAUCUUCAACCUACACUGCAGCUUGUGGCAACAUCAGAUCCUUAACCCACUGAGCAAGGCCAGGGGUGUGAGGCCACAUCCUCACGGACACUAUGUUGGGUUCUUAACCCGCUGAGCCACAGUGUGCUCUCCCCACGGCCCCUGAUGACAUGCUGAUGAGACCUAGUGGAGAAGCUGUAGACGGUGUGUGUUGUGACAGGGUUAGCUCCUGAGAAGUCCUGGCCACCAAAGACCUUGGACAUGACCUUGUGAGAUGCCGCAAGCAGGAUGAGGGGUGGCGAGUUGGUGUUGUGGUGGGGUUGGUAGAUACGGCUUAGAAUCUUGACUUUACCACUUUCUAGCAAGGUAACCUUGGGCUUAAUUACCCCAACCUGUUUGCUCAUCUGUGGGAUGGGAAUACUAACAGCUUCCUCCUAAUGGUGGUUCAUGUGCCCACACUUGAGAUCUUGGCAGUCAGUAGAAGUGAUUGUUAAGAGGCAAGAAAGCUUAAGGGAUUAGAAUCAAGCAGGCCUGGGUAUGCAGCCCAGCUCUGUCCCUUAUUAAUUGUGUCGCCUUGAGCAAGGCUUUUCACCUAUCCCCAAACUGGUGUCUUAUCCUGUAGGGAUAAAUUAUGCCAUCCCACAGGGAGGCUGGGCUGAGUUCCUGCUGUGGUGCAACAGGAUUGGUGGCUUCUCUGCAGCACUAGGAUGCAGGUUCUAUCCCUGGCCUAGCACGGUGCAUUCAAGGAUGUAGGUCACAACUUCGGCUUAGAUCUGAACCCUGGCCUGGGAACCCCAUAUGCCAUGGGGUGGCCAAAAAAAGGAAAACAAAACCAAAAUACAGACGUCCCACAGGGAGGCUGGGAGCCAGUGAACUCUGCAAUGUAUAUAAAGUGCUUCUGCACAGCCUGGGACAUGGGAUGGUAGCUUUGAACAAGACCUAGGUCUGGUCCCUUCUUAUGCAGCUGAUAUGGUUGUUACUCAAGGACCUAGUGUCCCUCAAGAAAGCACAGCAGGGGUUCGGCUGUUAGAUUUUAUUCGUGAACAGGUGUAAUGUCAUGGACAUAGCGUUGCAUUUGGCAUCAGAAGACCUGAAUUCAGAUCUCCACUUUAUUACUAUCGAUUGCUCACCCUCUCUCAGCCUCAGUGUCCUCAUACAUGAAGUGGGGGUGGUAAUAAUGAGCUACAUCCCAGAGCUGGGCUGAAGACAAAACAGUCAGGCAUGUGAAUCAUUGAGGAUGCCCUGAGCUGCGACUCCAGGUAGCUUCAGCAGUGAGAAUCUAUGGAACUGGUAUAGACCGCAGGAUUGGUUGGUUCAGGGCUCGGUGAUGUCAUCCAGGGCAGGCUUGGGGCUGCCUAGGUUCCCUAAGAGCAGUGGGCCAGAGGAGUGUGUCCUGGGAGGGGCAUGAGGGGCUCACUGACGGGGGCUCAGGCUUGGGGUUGAAGGUGGGCUGGGGCCUGUCAUGGGUACCUGAGAGCAAGUUCAUUACUUUCUACCCUCCUGCAUCCCCCGCCCCUCUGCACACAGUAAGCACUUAAUAAAUAUAGAUUGAAAUUGGAGUGAACAGUAUGUGUCAAAGAGAGAAAACUGUAUCCCAGAGCCAUGCGAUGGGGUCUCCUGGAGGAGGCAUGGGGUAAAGACAGACAAGAAGUCACUCUUAACGUAGGCACUUGAGGUCCUUUUUCCUAGCUGCUGGCUUUCCAGUAUUUUUUAUUGUUUUUUGAGAGAGCCCACAGGUACUAAUAGCAGUAUCUAGAUCACUUCGCUUUCUUACCCCUCACCCCUAGCAGGAUUCUUGGGCCCUCUUCCCUGUAUGCUGGACCCCCAUCCCCACUCCGCUGCUCCUUGUAGGAUGGGGAGGAGGCAUCUGGCCGAGGAGACAGGGGUGCAGAGGAGUGGAAGGGCCAGGAAGGAGGGGAUGGAGGAUAUUGUGGGGGAGGGAGGAAGAGGGAGGGCAAAGAAAAUUAAAUUCUUAAUGUGUAUGUUCAGUGCCAGAGCCAAAAUCCCACACUGCAAAUUGCUUUUUCCUUCAUGUUUAUCCCAGGAAAAGGCCCACCUUAAAAAGCACCUAUUGGAAAUAGAAGAGUAUUUGCAACAGCCAGCUUAUUAAGACCAUCUCCGGGAGCAUGCAGGGGCGGCUGGGAGCUUCAGGAGCACCUGUCUGUGUGCUCAGACACACCUGAGCAGCAAAAGCCCGCAGAAUGGGGCUGUCCCACAUCCUGCCUGUCUCAGAACCCACUCUGAGAAGGGCCUUGAGGGCACCCUGUGCCAAGGAGCGGUAGUUCAGUGGCUAGUUUAGUGUGGGGCUGAUCAAAACUGUCAAGUUCCAGAUCCCAGAAGAGAGGAAUAGUGGAGCUGGAAGAGGUCUUAGGGACCUUCUGGGAGAGGGUGACUCGCCAGGGGGUCACUCAGCCAGGUGGCAAAAACAUCUGAAAUCAGUGUGAAGGUCACCUGCUCCCAAUCUAGUGCUCCUGCCAUUUCACCUCUGCCCUGGGUAUUCUCAUGCCAGCUUGUCCUAGCCCUAGUCUGUGGCCCUUGCCCCAGCUCCAUUCCUGUGGCCUGGCACUGUACCAUAUUCCUGCCAGACAGAGCUAACUCAGGGUGACAGGAGCAAUGUCAAGUCUUUUCUAAUUCCAGAGUGUCUCCCCAGGCCUCUCGGAUAUUGCCGUGAACUGGCACGCACACUGCCAGAGUGUGAUGUUCCUAAGAGGACGCAGACAGAGGUGGACAGGGCCCACCAACACGGCUGAAAUGGCAAGUUCCAGAGGUGCCCGCUUGUCGCCCACAGCAAAAGCCUGGUGGUGGGUGGUAUUCUCCCCUUGGGUUACCCAUUGGACCACGUUUCAUCCUCCCAGAGUCAGUUUCCAUGGAAACAGCAAGUUGCUUACCCAUCGUUUCCAUCCUUAAAGAUUCCCACCCCAGCUGUCUGUGCCCAGGCUUCUCGCCCAGCUGCCACACCAGCCGGCUCCAGAUCCCAGGUUUAACAGUGAAUUGUCGAGCUGCCAGUUAGAGCCUCCUGGGAUGUGUCUGUUAACUGGCACAGCCCUUGAAAACGACCAUAUAAUCACUCCUUAACUGGGUUAGGAACUCGCUCCCAGUGGCUCCAUCUUGCUCCCAUGUCAGAGCCACCUCCCUCCUUCCACUUGGAACUUAGCAUCAAAGGGCUUCCCAGUUCCCCUCUGCCCAACCUCCCAGGCCGAGACAGUGCUAAGUAGGGCUGUGUCAGAGCCAGAUGCUGACCCAAGGGGAAAAGGAAGCCUCCAGUUUUCUGAGGCCCAGACACACCCAGGGAGGAAACCCAGCCUCCACAGCCACAGGGCGGGAGAACACUCAGUGGGCUGGCCACCCCACCUUCCCUCUCUCUCCCAGCCAGCUCUGUUCCCGGCCUCUGCGUGGUGCUUCUCCCACUGGGCUUUUGCAACCUUGCUCCUCCUCUAGCCUUCACCUCCUUCACACCCCAACUCCAAGGUCACUCCCAUCAGGAAGUUUUCCUUUUUAACCGUUUUUCUCUGCAUCCCCUUAAUGUGGCUAUAUUUGGUUCUUGCAACAUGACUUUGUGUAUAUUGUGUCAGGGAGAGAUUUCUGAAACUGUUUUCUCCCUAAAGCUAUUUAUUGGUGUAUUUUCUUUCUAUAUUGGAAAAUUCUUGUUAUGGGAGUAGGUUGUUUAUCUGCCCAGCAUCCUUUUUGGCCUAUAAAGCCUUAUUCUCUUCUGCUAGUAACUUAAUCUCUCCCUCCUAUGGGAAAACGUGUUCCAUGGGAUUCAGCUGGGCUGCCUUCUCCAGCAGGGGAAGCACCUGAAGCAGGCCUGGCCAAUCAGAGGACUCUAUCAGUAGGCCCUAGUGGUUGGUCCAGGGAUGACCACAUGACCGUGCUGAGCCAAUCAGAGUCUUCCUAUAAACACUCCUGGCUCCCCAACAAAUGCUCUUUCUCUCCUUGGUUCUCACGAGCAAAACUCUGCUUUUGUUGGUCUAGAGGGAAGCCCAGUUGAAAAUACAUGCCUCUCCAGAGUUUCUUGCGGCUGGGGGUGGUCAUGUCACCCAGUUCUGGUCAAUAGGAUGUGGGGAGGAGUUGCUGGAAGGGACUUCUGGGGAAGAGUUUCAAAAGGGACGGACUCAGACUGGCCUGGCCCCUUUAGCACUGCUUUAACAAAUCACUGCCUGUGUGAGAGCCAGACAUCUUAACCUGGAGGCUUGAACUCCAGCCGUGAGAAUGAAGCACUCCAAGAGUACAGCAAAGCCAAGAGGUGGAGAGGGCACACACUAUCCUUUAAGUCCCUGGAUUGAGUCAUGACCUCAGAACUUCCCAAUUUAGGGAGCUGAUAAAUGCCUUUCCUUCUUAAGCGGGUUUACAUUGAGUUUCUUUUUCAGUGAAAGCUCAGAAUGAGACCCUCUAUAAGACCAAAACCAUGCCUUUGUCUCAAUUCUCCCCUCCCAAGCUAUUUACUUUUUAAAAUGCUAGUUGCAAAGUUGGGACACAAUAAAUACUAACGCAAAUAGACUUUGAGAGGCCAAAAUUUUUAUCUUGAGUCAAAUUAGAGCUUGAACGGACUUGUUUUCUGAACUAGACUCAUUAAGGAACAAACUUAGCAAUUUUUUCCUUCCUUGCUCCCUUCCUCCCUCCCUUUUUCUACUUUUUCCGUUUUCAGUCACACC